GAGUAAAAAAACAUGGGGACCUGAGCUGUUCCCAGUAUUGUGUGUUGCACUACAAUACUACUAUUGUUUUGUGCUGAGCACAGCAGCCGUUGCUAUUUUCUUUACAAACUGAGUUUUCCCUUCCCCCAUCUGUUAUUCCUCUUUCCCCAUCCUCCUCUGCUGGCUGCCCCCAAUUCUCUUCUCAUUUCGCUCCCCUUUACGACCCUCUCUCCCAUUUUAUCGCUUCCUUUCACCCAUUCUUUCUCCACUUCGUAGGUUUUCCUUCCUGAUUUUGGCGUUGUCAUAGAGGCAGUUUCCGCGACCGGAAGCUACCCGCUGCGGCCGAUUGUCGGCUGGACGGAGAGAGAAAGUUUUUCUUUUUUCCCCCUCUGCAACGUGCCCACGCUGGAUUCUACUUUUUGACUCGGCCACUGUGGGUGCUUUUCGGGAAUGGAGCUGGAAAGAACCUGUCAGACGGAAACAUGCGAUCACAGCUCUGAAUCUGAUGACGAGGAGGAAGAGGUGCUUUAGACAGAAUCUGAUGACGACACAGCUGCUGAUAACCAUCCUCAGACACCACCUCAUAUGAGCACCGACCCAGUGAAGCAAGAGCCACCACAGCCAAAGCCGAGACAGGUGACUGAAGCAGCUGCUACAAAGAUGGAACUCAGAAAAAGACAGGAAAAGCAAGGUGCAGCAAAAGCCCCCUGCCCCUCCACCUCUCGGUCAAAGACAGGGUACCACAGCUCUGAUGCUAUGGCACUGAAGACUGCAAAGAAACUGGCUGAACUGCAGGAGGGAAAAAAGGCUCUGGAAUCACAGCUAGCAGUGAUCACUCAGAAGACCAGUGAGCUGACCCUGCCCAUGCUAGAGGUCGCAGGACAUACAGGUCCAGCACUGGUGUUCCGUCCUUGGACAAAUGAGGACAUGAAGGCGUACAUGCAGCAGCUACCGAACGUUGUGGAAGGUGGGAAAAAGUUCUGCGCUGCCAUUAAAACUUUCUGCAUGGAAGUACAACCCACCUGGCCUGAAUUGAGGAGACUGCUACUCUUUCACAUGGGCCAAACCAACUUUGACAAGAUUAAAGGUGACCUGGUGGGUGAAUACCGUGUCAUACAUCUGACUUUUGAUGACGCAGCAAACAACCACUAUCGAGCUGCAUUGGAUAAGCUGUGUGCCACCAUCAACCGAGCUUUUCCAAGAAAGGUUGUCAUGUCAAAAGUGAAGGCCUGUGUACAGCAAAUGGCUGAAUCAACGAAAGACUAUUUCUCUCGGCUGCUAGCUGUCCAUAAUGAGUACUCUGGAGUUGACGAGCCGUCAGACCUGGGUGACGUGAUGGGGCAUUGGGAGAGCGCCUUCAGCCAAUAUUUCCUGAAUGGCCUGUUGCCUGAUGUUUUUGCAGUGAUGAAAGACACCUGUCUGGACAUGAAAAACGCUCGCUUGGAAAAACUGCGCAAACAUGCCAAAUGCGCGCAUGAGAAGCUGAAGGAUGAAAGAGAGGCUGAAGAUAAGCUGAUAUCUGAAGCCCACAGGCAAACACAGCUCACACUGGCCCACACUGUGACAAAACCAGCUGCUCAUUUCCCUCGCGGUCGGGGGAGAGGCCGCGGUAACUGGAAGCAUCAGCAGCCUGCAAAGAAACCUCCAAAUUCCUAUUGCUACAUUUGUGGGGAUCCGAACUACUGGGUUAAAGAUUGCCCGAAGAGGAUCAUCAAAGGGGAGACGGUUGCCCAAGCUGACUAAGUGUGGGACAGGGCCGGGCGGAGCUUCAGCAGGGGGGGACGGGGACGCCAGAAGCACAGACGGUCCAGGCUGCGAACAGUAGGCUUUCUGCACCUUCUGAGAUAAGUAAAAGCUGCUCUCCCGACUCCAGCGGACCACCCCCUCCACGACCUGAGGCCCGGUGACCACAUCCUGGUGAGGAACCUCAGACGGGAGUCCUGGAAGUCCGAGCAUUGGAUUGGUCCAUUCCAGGUUCUACUGGUUACCCGGACGGCCGUGAAAAUCACAGAGCGUGCAACUUGGAUCCACAACUCCCAUUGCAGGAAGGUCCUGCAUCUACCCAGAGUAGCACCGGACGGUACUACUCCUACAUCUGAGCACGAGGCCACUGCUACGACCUCGGCUCCUGUUUUGUGAUCGGCUGAUUACAUAUCCUUUGAAGUGAAAGAUUGCACCUGAGCCUAGAAAAAUGGCUGGGUGCAUUGUUGCUAGACUAUUUCUUAUGCUCUUUUUCACCCCAUUCACCUGUGGGCGUGUUCCAGAACUGAUUAAUCAAGAUGCCCCCCACCCACCUGGUUUGAAAGCUCAUUCCACCUGGAUCAAUGACUGUACGCACGGGCCCAAUAUCUCUGUUACAGCGGGUACCACUAGCACUGUCAUUUUGAACCCGUGUGACUAUUUUUACUGUUCGGACAUUGCUCUUAUGAUAUGGGCUGAAAUGUAUGUCUGUUACAGUAUUCCUGAUGUGUGCCCCGCCUGCAGUUCCUGGUCAGAGGCUCUUUGGACAACAGGUUACUCUGACUGGGGAUACACACUUAAAGAUGAUGUCUCUGARAUUAAGAACAGGAUCAAAAUCUGGAAAGUAAACAACACUUCUCCAGCUYUUAUGUUUCACGUUGCAAAUGCUGUUGUAUCUGACACUGGUUUCUAUACCAUUUGUGCUUACAUAACUGGCUACGAUGUUUGUGCACCUUUCUGGCUAUCUGUUCGUGUCCCAAAUGUUAUCACCAAGUUAUCUCCUGUUUUCAGGUCCUUAGAUGCUGGGUUUCCUGGGGGGGCUGUCCAAUACCCUCCUGUUCUUGCUGGUGUGGUGUCUAAGGGUCAAGCUGGGAACUUUUGGUGGAACAUGGUCAGGUCUAUUCUGCAAACUGCUGGCUUAAACACUUCCUGCUAUGCCUGUACUUUGUUUCCACAUGAUGCAAGCAUGUCUCUUCCUGUUAGGCCUCGCCCUUUGAACUCUACUGAUUUCUUGUGUGCUUUGAUGGUGUUGACUCCUCAUUUCUUAAAGGGGGCCAACGGCUGGGCUUAUGCUAGAACAGACCUUCCAGCAACUUGUGAAUACAUGUCUCGUGUUGCCAUCAGAGCCACA